CCCGCCAACAUGGUGAACGUUCCUAAGAGCCACCGUACAUUCUGCAAGAAAUGUGGCAAACACCAACCCCACAAAGUGACCCAGUACAAGAAGGGCAAAGAUUCUUUGUAUGCCCAGGGAAAGCGGCGCUAUGACAGGAAACAGAGUGGCUAUGGUGGGCAGACUAAGCCUAGUUUCUACAAAAAGGCGAAAACUACAAAGAAGAUUGUGCUGAGACUGGAAUGUGUGGAGCCCAACUGCAGAUCUAAGAGGAUGCUGGCUAUUAAGAGAUGCAAGCAUUUUUAACUGGGUGGUGAUAAG